CGGAAAGGAGGUGGAUGGGGGAGGUCCAUCAGGCCUACGUAGCGCAUCGACGUCCUCUUCACUCACACGACUUGUUCGAAGCGGCAUGGAUUGGAGGCAGGGACAUGCUGACGUCAACGCCAUGGAUGGGAGGCAGGGACAUGCUGACGUCAACGCCAUCGAUGGGAGGCAGGGGGAUCACAGACAUCAUCCUAACACCAUAAUAGAUGGCAUGCAGGGUGACGACGACGCCAUGCAUGGAAGGCAUGGCCAUCGUAACGACACCACGCGUGCGAGGCCUGAAGAGCUCGUCGACGGACGGCAGCCUACCGAGGCUACCGGUAGCACUGACGUGGUCGGAACUUCAGGCGAUGGAUGGGAGGAGGAGGAGACGGUGGUCCCAGCGGAAGCUCGGGGGAAGCGCGCAGGCGCAGGCGGACGGGGGCGGGGGAGACCCGGGAGAGGGAACAGAGAUUCAGGGCGAUGAUCGACGACGCAAUGCGCAAUCAUACGACGGCUAUGGGGCGAGAUUCGCAAGAGCAGCCGUGUCAGACAAGACGUGCAUGCUGCGAGAGUCAAGUGCAAAUGCAACUAGACUUGGGCGAUUGACAUGCGAAGUCAUGCGGGCACGCACAGCCGCCCGAUCGAAGGCGGUGGAGGAGAUGGGAGGGGCAUGGUUGGUAAGCUGCAACUUGGUGGCCUCAGCUAUACUGAGUUUGGUAGGAGACGGGCAACGUAGGGACGUUGAGGGGGUUUCGGACGCCGACGAAGAUGAUUAGAUGCACAGAGGGGGUGCAUUCUCUAUAAAUCUCCUUUCUCCUGCUCUGCAGUUUGUACCCCCCCCCGGCCCCCCGCCCUCACGCUGAAGAUCUCCUCCAGCUGAAGAUCGCACGGCAGAUGAAUUUUGAGUAGGAAACGCGUUAUGGCGUGAUGGCGGUCGAUGGAGUGAUGACGAUCGACGGACGGAUGAGCAAAUGAGAGAAUGACAACCUUUAGAAGUUUAGAGCAUAUAUAUAAACUCAGUAGCACGAUGAGAAUGUCCAAGCUGCUUCAGCAUGUCCCCCUGAAGAUGACCUUUUGUGCUGGCGAUAAGGUCGAAACCGGUCUGGACAUUCGCCAGUGUGCUUUCGCGUUUCACUCUUUAUUUUUUGUUCGCAAGAAAGAUUUCUUUGCGCUCACCUCUCGUGUCCAUCUUCUUCCCGUCUCUCUCUCUCUCUCUCUCUCUCUCUCUCUCUCUCUCUCUCUCUCUCUCUCUCUCUCUCUCUCUCUCUCUCACACAAGGAUAGGGAAAGUGGCGGGGAAGUACUGGGAACGAAAGGUAUAUAUACUGAGGAUAGUGGCUGGGAAGAUUACCUGAGCAGUGAGAUAGAAGGGUAAUCGUGAGGUGGAAGGGUAAUAGCGACUUGGUCGCAUGCCAUGGACAUUACGUGUAUGCUGCAAAAGUAAACCCUCGCACGUUUU